CUUAAUAUAAAUAAGAAGCGAUUUGCAAUACUCUUGAAUCACAUAUUCACACAUGGCGACUCUGCAAAUGCAAAAGUUGUCUUUGAUUUCUGCUUGUGUCGCAUUUCCUUACAUCGUUGUUGUUUCUUGUCAAUAUGACAAGUUUAGUAAGCUUGAAUUGCCUCAAGGGGUUACCGGCCCUGGAUCAGCUGCAUUCCGUGGACUUCUCUUCACCGAAGGUCCCUUUACAACCGUGACCGAUGGUAGAAUACUGAAAUGGCUAGGCCCUAACAUCGGUUUUGUGGAUUUCGCAUAUACUUCACCCACAAGGACCAAGAAACUUUGUGAUCGUAUCACUGAUGAGGAUAAGGGACCAAUAUGCGGAAGGCCUUUGGCGCUUAGCUUUCAACCAAUAACAGGCCUUCUUUACAUAGCAGAUGCCUAUUUUGGGCUUCUAGUUGUUGGGCCUUUUGGUGGGCUUGCAACUCAGCUAGCGGGUGGUUUCAAGUUUACUACUGGCGUUAGCGUUGACUUGAUAUCAGGCAAUAUCUAUUUCACGGUUGCUAGUUUGACGUUUGAUCUGAGUAGAAAUACUACACAACCUGGUUUCAAGCCUGAUUCAACAGGUAGGUUGUUGCGCUACAACCCACUUACUAAACGAGUAUCUGUUUUGCUCAAUGGUCUCUCGGGCGGGGGUGGCCCGACGGUCAGUAGGGAUGGUACGUUUGUUCUUGUGCCAGAGUUUUAUGGAAACCGAAUUUCAAAGUACUGGCUAGUGGGUCCUAAAGCAAAUACCGCAGAAAUUUUGCUAAAUAACGUUGGGAACCCGAAUAAGGUAACACGAGCAGGGAGAUUUGGAGAGUUUUGGGUGGCACUUUCACCGGGAGUUCAACCACGAAUGCCACUAAUCACGCCUCAAGGAGUGAGGUUCGAUACGAAUGGUGUUGUGUUGCAAAAUGUAUCAUUUGCUAAACAAUUCUUCAAUCGAACAAUCAGUGUGGUUCAGGAGCAGAAUGGGAAACUUUAUGUGGGUUCUCGUUUCACCAAUUUCAUCGGUGUCUACUAUAACUAGAUCACCAUAUCGAUCUAU